AGCAGAGAGAAAGAGGGAAGGAAGGGCUCCCUGCGGGGAGUGCACACCAUUUCCGCUUCCGCCGCGGCCAUUUUCUUGGUUUUGUUGCUGCCGGAGGGGAAGCGGGCGUUUAGAGGCGAUGAGGCCCAUCCCGGUGACGGCGGCGCGGUGCCUUUCGAGGAGGUUUUAUUCCCUCAAAAUUGCACCUAAAGCUGAAGCUGCAGCCGCCGGACAAGCGCAAAUACAGCUGCACCCCCAGGAGCUUGAGAUUACAAAGCUACCCAAUGGCUUGGUGAUCGCCUCUUUGGAAAACUACUCUCCAGUUUCAAGAAUCGGUGUCUUCGUCAAAGCAGGCAGCAGAUAUGAGUCCACCGCUAAUUUGGGGACCUCUCACCUGCUCCGUCUUGCAUCAAACCUG